AUGGGAAGCAAGUCCAAGACGAAGGCUGCGGCAGAUAGCCCUAUUGCUCAAGUUUUGAACGCCAAUUUGACGAAUUCCACGUUUGGAUUUGUAUCUAAAGCGGGAUGGAAGGGUAAAUCGCCUGCAAGCUCUUCUAGAAGAGUUUUUCUGGAGCCCGAUUUGGACCUCCUUGGUGGGUUUGCGUUCUUAUCCUUCGCGUCGCUCGAUGAACUCGAAAGUCAUAUCGAAAGCAACGAAGCGACAUCUACGGCCAUCAACGUAAAUGUGCGCCAGAAGAGGAAAAAAGAAGUCAGCGCUGGAAUUAUUGAGGAAAAAUUGGGCCUGUAUGCUCCACCAAGCAAGAAAAAAGCUACUACCGGUAAGAAAAAAGUUGCCAAGAAAACUUGUCCCUUGACAACCGACGCGUUGGUAUUGUCAAGGGAGAAAACCGACACUGCCUCAGCCGCGAGCACGUUUUUAAAUGAUCGAGAGCUUUCUCAAUCUAUCCCAGCAAAUGAUUCUGGUGACGCAAGCGAAAACAAUGAUCUGUCUUUGAGCGUUUUCUCCGAAAUUUCGCUUUUGUGCUCCGAAACUGUGGAUUUAGGGGAUGAUGAAGAUUCACAACAGGACGUAAACCAAGCUUCUGCAAAAUCUGUGGCUACUAAGAAUGUAGAAGAUGUUGUAGCUGACUUAUCAGCUACUGGUAAGGUGAAUGAGGUUGAAUCAGAAGGGGUUGGCACAUCAUCUGAUUUGAUUCUUAGAAAGAAAAAGAAGAAAAAAAGGAAACAUGAACAUUGUGAUCAAACAAGUCAAACCAAAUUUAGAAUAAAGAAACGAGGGAAACACGAAUCAAAAGUCCCAGAUACAGAGAGAACCCAAAAAGAAAAUACAGAGAACUUAGGAGAUGAUGAUAGUCUUACAUUACAAGAUGUGGAAAAUGUACAAUUUGAAGGCAGCAAUAAUGAAGAGGGAAAGAAGACUCAAGGGCCAUCAUCAUUGUUAAAACCAAAAAUGGAAAAAUCCUGGAGUGCACGAACCAUAGCAUGGCCUAUUAGAGGUGGUUUUUGGAAAAAUAAACAGAACACUUCUGAGUCAGUGGGUGCUUUGCAGUCACUGAAUUUGACUAGUAAUUUAUCUUCUGAGCUAAGUCUAUCCAAAGAGGGGCCUGGGGAAGAGAAAAUUUCACAGGAUGUUUUAACACCAAUCAGCAGUGACCAAGAAGUUGAUAUUGGUGACGAAACAACAACCAUCAGUGUUUUUUCUGAUUUGAGUGACAAUUCCUCAGAAACAGACACAAUUGAUGGUAGUGGUUGUUUUCUCUUGAAUAAUAAGAUCCAAAAGGUUGAAAAAGAAGAAUCAGAGAAGGGAACAGAAGUUACAGAAGUUGACGUUGAAACAGUUGGGAGAGAAACAAGUAAGAACUUUCUUGUGGUGAGUGGCGUGGAGGCUAGUCACUUCAGUUACCACCCUGGAAUGACCAAAGAUGGAACAAUUGAUACAUCAAUUCAAGCAUGGCCAAAUGAGAUUGACAUUUUCUUGCAAUGUGCCAAAAUGCAGGAAGGGGAGGUGAUCAAGAUAAUUAAACCUGAUGAUUCUGAAGACUUACACUCCCAUAUGUCACAGAAAAAUGGUCGUGAUCCAAACACUGUUAAAGCAACAAGGAGUGCCACAGAAAGAAAGCGUCGUCACCACCUGGGUGAUCUGUUCAAUGACAUGAAGGUGGAGGUGUUUACUGACCUUGUAGAUGUAGACUUGUACUUUAGCAAACAAGCUAUUCUCAGCAAGGGAAUCAGUACAGUGGAAGAAUUAGCAAAAGAGUCAAAAGAUUUAAUUAACACAAAAAAUGAGCUUAUAAAAGCUAACAAAGAACUUCAGGAGAAAAGAAAUUUACUAAUGUUUGGAAAAAUUUCAAUUGAUGUUGAUCCUGCAAAGGUUGAUACCAUAUUAAAGCACCUCAACAUUACUGUAGAGGAAGAAGAUGUCUCAAAAUCAGAAGAAAAUUUGAACAGGAAACAAGAUGUAGCUGUGAUAGCAAAUAACAAAUCUAAAGGUGCAAUGGAACCUUGUGUCAAGGGUCGUCCACGGGCAAAGAAGACAUUGCUGUCUCCUGUGGCAUGGAUUUCCAAUAUCAGUAACAAACCAGCACUGAAAAACAGAGAAGAACCACAAAGCUUAAGAGUUCCUCCAAAGAAAACUACUAUAGAGGGUGCUUUGGAAACAUCAAAAGAUAUUUUAAGUUUAGUGGCAUCCUCCACAGAGACAUCACCUUCAGUCAAUUCAAAUGCAUCAUGCGAAAGUCAAAUUCAGAAAGUGGGUCAAGAUCAAUCAAAAUUAUUCACCCACCUGCCACAUAUUUUCUUGAAAGACAGCAGCACAGCAAAAAGCAAGCCAUCCUUGGAAUCAACCAGUCAAGAGGAACAAAAGGCAAAUUUGGUGAAAAUUUUGCCCAAGCCAGGUAUUCCUAUUCUUCAGUUACAUCCAACUCAGCAGAAAGUGAUCAUGGAAACUCUUGGACAGGUGAGGCAGCCAUCCAGCGAUAAAAUUAUUUGCAAUCUCUCACGGUUGAGUACCCAACAGAAUCCCAGCAGUUCUUCUGGAAUUCGAAUCAUUAGGAGUGAUGGCCCAUUCAUGAAGAGCCUAGAAAGUAAGAAUGUUAUGCAUAUCACCAUUACUGGUACAAAUAAUACUUCAAAAAAAGCAGAUGAAGUCAGUUUGAACACUUCUUUGGCAUCCACAUUGACAACAAGUCAGCAAGUUUCAGCAACCCCCAGUGUAAAGAUGCCAAAUUUUGUCACAGGAGGGACUGCUAAAAUACCUGAAGUCUCUGGAAUCCAGACACCUGCUGUGCAAAAACAUGUCAAGAGUGCACUCUUAGUUUCCAAGCUUCCUCUGAUACCUGAAAAUGCAGAGGGUGCAAUUUUAAACACUUCUUUGGGAACCACAUUGACAACAAGUCAGCAAGGUUCAGCAACACCCAGCUUAACGGUGUCAAAUUUUGUUACAGUAGGGGCUGCUAAAAUACCUCAAGCACCUGGGAUUUCAACAUCACCCGUAGCACCAAAAAAUGAUGAAAAUACAGUCUUAGUCUCACAGAUUCCUGUGAAACCUUUACCAACAGCACAAGUUAUCAUUGAUGGAAAACAGUAUGGUGUGUUAACUUCAACCAGCAACACACCAACUUCUGACAUUGCACUGAGAGCACUAGCUUCUCUUAACCAAUUACAAGCCAACAAGGUCCCUCAAGCAGGAACAGUUACAAGCCCAGCAAGUCUGACUUUAACUCCUGUAGCUGGAAUCUUAAGUGGUCUAAAAAAUGUUGUAAUGAAAGUAGUUCCUAGGCAACCUGACACUUGCUCGUCAACAACUGACUUGCCAACAGUAUCCAUGGCUACAGGCACACCAAAAUUUCAGGGCAGCCAAGUUCACCUGACAUCUUCAAAACAAACUUUUUCAUCCACAACAAAACACCCACAGAUCUCUGUUAUACCAAUAAUUCCUAUUUCUAGUUCUUCUCCUCUGAACACAAGCCUCUCAUCAUUAACUCAAAAUUCCUUGCCAUCUUCUCCAAGUAUGAGUACCAAUAGUACCAAUAGUGGUGCUAAUGUACCUCUGAUUAAAACAUGUUUAGAUCCGUUCAAUCUAGUUCCAAAACAAAUUGCAGCAUCAAGUCCACUUGCGUCAAGCCCACCUAUUUCAAGCUCCACCUGUACAGCCACUCUUCUGUCCACGCCUGUUGUGUCAACACCCGUUGUGGCAUCUACAACAGUGUCUGUAGAGCCAAGUCAUGCCACUACUGCCUUAGAUUUGGGAACUACUGAAAUCAAUAAUCAAGUGGAUGACUUGGUAAGAACUGCUCAAAGUUCUCCUAAGAUUCCUGAUGAUAUAUUUAAAGAAGAAUCAUCACAUUCUUCUACAGUUUUGACCCAGGAGAUGCUACAAAUACCAGGCUUAGAGCAAAAUCCAGAUGUGCCCCUGGCAAAACUGCCAGAGGUUAUUGAAAAUCUGGUUGAUUUGGACAAGAACACAGAUGAUGAAAAAUCACCAGAUCCUUUAAGUGAGUCUGAGGAAAGCCACUCUAAAGAAUCACCAGUUUGUGGUGUAACCAGGUCACUGCAUGCUUCAGGAGUACAAGUGGAUAAAACCUCAGUCUCUGCAUGGAGUUCUUUCAAUGUGAAAAAAGCCACCAGCCCACUAAAAGUGGAAAUCAAAGACUUCAGAAAAGGUAAUAUUUCUGAAUUUUAGUUUCAUACAUAUUUUAAUUAGUACCCAAUUUCCUCUUACACUUUGUUUGUGAGUGCAAAAAGUGAAAUGCAUGUCUUCAAAUAACUAGGUACAAGUUCUGUGGAAUCUAAGCGGAAAAUCAUAACUGAGGUAAUCAAUUGAUCCAUAUAUGUGGGUUUUUAACUUAAUGGGUUACUAAGAAAAUGGUAAGAAGUGUGUUAGCACGCCAAAAGUGAGAACAGAAUUUUGGAUAGUUACAACAAAGAACGUUCUGUUUACUGUAUGGUACAAUAGUUUGGGUUAGGAGUUAGCACCUCGAAAAUAACUUACUUUUACUUUGACUGCUUUUUGCAUGAAUUGUGGUGUGAGUAAUCAACAACCUUUAUUCAAUAAUUUUCUUUCAGUUUCAUCCUCAGUUAGAAAGGAAAGUACCCUACCAGAGUGAGGUUGAUUAAAGAAAUAUUGAGAGUGAAUUCAAAGCAAUUUCAAAUAUGGAUCAAGUACUUGACAUGUUUUACCUCUUGCAAGUGAUAGAGUCAGAGACUUUAACCCUGACAUCAGUAUGCAUAUUCUCCAUACUGUUCUCUUUACAUCUCUUGAAGUGCUGACCAGAAGAAUUUGUUUAACAAUCAAGAGUGUCUUUAAAUUAGUGGUCAUCCCCUUUAGUUUCAUAACCCUAAUGUGUGAUUUGAGUUAACAUUGUGCUGAGAAAUUGGAUGCUAGUCACUCUUAGGGUUAAAGGGUAAAAGGAAAGUAUAUUUUUAGUUGAUAUGUUGCAAAAUGGUUCUCAAUU